AUGAAAAUUGUAAUAUAUCUUUCCGCAAUUUUAUUUAUUUUUUCAAUAUUUUAUAGUGGUGGCGUGAAUGCUCAGUGUUCAGGUUCACCAAAUCCAUAUCCAAUAUAUACAGAGGCAGCAGUUUUAGUGAAUACCAGUAGCCAUGGUAAACUCUAUGUAACUGGUCCCUCUGACAAUCUAGUCAAUAUUUUGAAUGUAUAUGGUACAGCUUAUCAACGUGGUUUUGCACAUGGUUCUCUCAUGAAAGCACAAGUCGACAAUGUCUAUGCAGAUUUCUUUGGAUUCAUUACUGAGAUGGUCAACGAGUUGGUCAAGAAGUACGCUGACUACUUGCCAUUGGAAUUCGUAGAUCUCAUUGAAAAGGCUGGAAUUGGAGCAGCCCUCGAUUUGACUGCUGUCCUCACCAAGGAUUUUACUCCACAACAUUUCUUUGAUGAGAUGCAAGGUUUGGCCGACGGUAGUGGUAUUCCAUACAAGACCGUUCUUCGUCUCCACAUGUUCCCAGAGUUGAUCAAGGCUGCCUGUUCCAUGAUUGGUGCAUGGGGUGGAGCUACUGCCAACAGUGGACUUUUACAAUUGCGUGCUCUCGACUUCAACCCAGAAGCACCACUCCGUUACCAUCCAGUCGUUAUUGUUUCACAUCCAACCGACGGUGGAAACACUUUCUCGUCGUUGGCAUGGGCCGGUUUCAUCGGAACCAUGACUGGAUACUCACAGAGAACCGCUAUUUGCGAGAAAUAUUGGUUUGCCUACAACGGAACAUCGAGCCGUUCCGGUACCCCAUGGCAUUUCCUACUCCGUGACAUUCUCCAAUACGACAGCUCGAUCGACGAUGCUUUGAAUCGUAUUUACAACGCUCACCGUACUUGCUCCAUCUAUGUUGGUCUCGGUUCCAACACCACCAACGAUUUCCGUGCUGUCGAAUACUCACACCAAGUCGUACGUGUUUUCGACGACCAAACACCAUUCCCAGCUUUCGCUCCACAGCCAGCUGCUCAUCCAUUAAUUCCCGAAGUUGUUUACAUCGAUAAACACGUCCAACCAAGCAACGAUGCUUGUCUCUCCUCAGUUUUACAGAAGCAACACGGAGCAAUCAACGUCCAAACUUACAUCGAUAUCACUGGUCUUGCUGAAACUGGAGAUCUCCAUGCAGCAGUCUACGACUUCACAGCCAACCAAAUGUAUGUUUCAGUUGCCAGUCAAGACCCAUCGGUCAUUCCAAUCAUCCCUGCCUAUCAACGUCAAUUCCUUCAAAUCGAUUUAGAAUAUUUCUUCAAUGAAUCAUUUGAAUAA